AUGACCAAACUACCAAUUGCUCCAAUGCCACCAACACCUCCUAAAAUUUAUAGAGUCGAACCUCUUAAUUUCAAGGAAGCUGUCCAAAUGCUCACCGCAGCUCCCGAGUUUCAAUCUGUCUCCAAUAAUUCUAUCUUUAGUUUUGAUUCUGGUUCUGGCUCUGGCUCUAUCUCUGUCUCCGGUUCUUUCAAUUCGAGGCGUCUACAAGAUGUCGCUCCUCCUCCACUUGAUCUCUCACCGGUUUCAUUACAAAGAAAUAAUGGAAACAAUAAUAUUGUUGCACAAUGGCGAGAAUUCCUGCGUCCUUCUUCUACUUCAUCGAACAACCAAGUUGAAUCAAUUACCGAGGCCUACAAUGACUCAACAAAUGAAGCACAAGAAAUAUCACACGUAACGCAUCAAAUUCAAUCAGAAAAUUAUUUUGGGUCGUGCAGUCCGCUAGCUAAUUUCCCUCUAUCGCCUGCUUCUUUUGCAUGGUGUUCGUCUAUUCUUCUCAGCCCUAGCAAGCUUACUUCACCAAGCGCGGUUCAAAUCAUUUGA